AUGGCUGAUACGGAAGAAAAUCCCAAGUCUGCCGAAACUCGCACUGAGAACUACGAAUCUUCCUUCGACGACUCCCAGCUCCCGGCGGGAUGGAUGUACAAACCACUGCGCAUUGGUAAGCUUACCACCUGGUAUGCUUCGCCCGGCUUCCAGUUGGCCAUGGUCGCCUUCGUUUGCUUCAUGUGUCCCGGAAUGUUCAACGCCUUGGGUGGUCUUGGUGGAGGUGGUAAAACCACCAACACUUUGGCCGAUAACAUGAACACUGCGCUGUACAGUACCUUUGCUGUCAUUGGUUUCUUCGCUGGAACCUUUGUUAACCGUAUUGGUGUUCGUCUGGCCUUGUCUUUCGGUGGCGUAGGUUAUUGCAUCUAUGCUAUCAGUUUGCUGGUCUCCGAGCAUGCCAGUGUUGGCGGCUUCAAUAUCUUCGCGGGCGCUUUGCUGGGUGUAUGCGCAGGCUUGCUGUGGGCCGCUCAGGGUGCCAUCAUGAUGUCGUACCCUCCUGAGCAGAAGAAAGGUCACUACUUUGCUUGGUUCUGGGCUAUCUUCAAUGUCGGCGCUUGUAUUGGUGCUUUGAUUCCUCUUGGCCAGAAUAUUCACGUCACCACGAAGAAAAAUGUCACGGACGGAACCUACAUCGCUUUCAUCGUGCUCAUGGCCUUUGGAGCUGUCCUGGCUCUCUUCAUCUGCGACGCUGAUAAAAUCAUCCGUCCGGACGGUUCUCGCGUGAUUCUGAUGAAGAGUCCCACCUGGAAGACCGAGUUCAUCGGUCUCUGGGAUACCAUCCGCUCACAGCCGUACAUCGUUCUGCUCUUCCCGAUGUUCUGGUCCUCAAACUGGUUCUACACCUACCAGAUGAACAGUAUCAACAAUGCCUACUUCAACACCCGCACCAAAUCCCUCAACAACUUCCUUUACUGGUUCGCUCAAAUCGUAGCUGCCGUCAUCAUCGGCCCACUCCUGGAUAUCAAAUCGAUCCGCCGCAGCACCCGUGCGCGCAUCGCUUUGGGAGUUCUGUUUACCCUCACCAUGGCCAUCUGGGGCGGUGGCUAUGCCUGGCAGAAGAAAUACACCCGCGCAACCAUUGCCGAAAAGACCUUCCAGCCCUGGGACUGGACGACCCCUGGAUUCGUGGGCCCAAUGUUCCUGUACUUCUUCUACGGCUUCUACGACGCCGUGUGGCAGGGUACCGUAUACUGGCUGAUGGGUGCUCUCGGUAACUCCGGCCGCAAACUCGCCAAUUUGGCUGGUUUCUACAAGGGUCUUCAGUCUGCUGGUGCGGCCGUGAUGUGGUCUCUGGAUGGAGAACACAAUCUGGCCUACAUGAAUGAGUUUGCUUCCAACUGGGGCCUUCUGUGUGGAUCGCUCCUAAUUGCUGCACCGGUGAUUCUCUACAAGAUCCAGGACACGGUUCCCAUCGAGGACGAUCUGGAAGGUACCGGUGAGACCAUUGAGGAUGUCCUAUCCCCUGGUGUGAUUCGGGAGAAGACGGCUCUGCAUGAUUAG